AUGACGUCACUCUGGUGGUGGCAGUUGAGGGAGAGGUACUCGAGCGUGGCAGACUUCGUGGUGGUGUACACCGCUGAGGCUCACCCUACUGAUGGCUGGGUCUUUGAGGGAAACGUGGAGGUGGCCAAUCACAGGUCCCUGGAGGAGAGGUAUGCGGCAGCAGAGAAGCUGUUGGAGUUCUCACCCCAGGAGUGCGAGGUGCUGGUAGACCGCUUAGAUGACGCCGCCAGCAAGCAGUACGCGGCCCUCCCAGAACGGCUCUACAUAGUGCAAGACGGUGUCGUGUUCUACAAGGGUGGGAGGGGUCCUUUCGAGUACAAGAUGAACGAGGUUGAAGAUUUUCUGAAGAAGUAUAAAAGUCAUUAAGAAUAGGAUGUCACUCCUACUACCUGCUGACGUAAACAACCACAGCAGGAACCAAUCAACACAAAGAUCCAUUACCUGCUGAUGUAAACAACCACAGCAGGAACCAAUCAACACAAAGAUCCAUUACCUGCUGAUGUAAACAACCACAGCAGGAACCAAUCAACACAAAGAUCCAUUACCUGAUGAUGUAAA